AUGCCAUUCUGGCGCAAGCGGCCCCGAUGGCCACCUUCACCGUCGGUGGAGGACGAAGUCGAAUCCCUCUCCCGGGAAUUAUCCGGACUGUCCAUGCUCGGAGAAAAGCCUGGAGUGGAGGGAGUCUGCGCCAGGGGCACAGUCGACCAAUACCCCGUUCUAUUGGAGGUGCCGUCCUUCGUCUCCAUCACCCAAUCAUUUCCCUGGGAGGACUCUGGCCGAUGCGGAUCAUCAGACGACAGUGCCGGGCCUCCUACUCCGCCCCUGGUUGCCAAGCAGGAUCCGAUCUUCAACGUCGCCGGGUCCACCGACAUGCCUGGAUAUACGCUGGAUUCUGUGCCCGUGUCGGCUCCGGUGAAGACUGGAAGCAUGACUCCCCAGAACAGGUCACGGGAAUCCUCGCGUGCCCGGCCCACUCCGAACCCUAAGCUCACUGCCGAUUCCCAGGCGCCAGUCGCACGUCAGCAGCGCUCGAAAUCCAAGGGGAAGCGCAUCGACAGCCCGCCGAGCAGAAUCCCGCACAAGACGAUCAACCACGUCAGCAUCCCGCAGUGGUUCCCAGGACACCCGAGCAGAGUCCCGGACAAGACUACGGACCACACCAGCAUCCCGCAGCAGUUCACAGGAUACCCGAGCAGAGUCCCGCACAAGACUACCAGCUACCCCAGCAUCCAGCAGUGGCUCACUCAAUCUGGAGGGCCCCCGAUCCGAGUCCCGCAAAAGAGUACCAGCCACCCCAGCAUCCAGCAGUGGCUCACUGAACCUAGAGGAUACCCGAUCAGAGUCCCGCACAAGACUACGGACCACACCAGCUUCCCGCAGCAGUUCACGUAA